AUGGCGGCUCCCGGCUCCCGCCGCGUGGUGCCCAGCGACCUGUUCCCGCUCGUGCUCAGUUUCCUGCGGGACAACCAGUUCGCGGAGGCCGCCAGCAAGUUCGCCAAGGCCGCCGGCUCCACUUGCCAAGAUCCCAAUGCCUCUUCUCUCCUGGACAUCUACGGCUACUGGCUCAAGUCCCCAGAGGCUCGGAAGAGGAAGGUGGUGACCAAUGGCCCUGCUGCAAAGAAAGUGAAGAAGGAGGCUUCCUCCAGCAGCAGUAGCAGCAGCGAGGACAGCUCAAGUGAGGAGGAGGAGGAGGAGAAGGUGGCUGCCCCACCAGCUAAAAAGACAGCCGCUAAGCCGACUGGUGUGCCCAAGCGGCCUGCGAAGACACCCGUAUCAACCCAGGCGGGAGAGAGCAGCAGCAGCAGCAGCAGCAGUAGUAGUAGUAGUGAGGAAGAAGAGGAGAAACCCGCCCAGAAAGGAGGCAAAGCCCCAGCCAGGGCACCUGUAGCCAAGGCAGCUAAACCCCCCAAGAAGGCAGCAGCCUCCAGUUCCGACUCCAGCAGCUCUGACUCCAGCUCAGAAGAUGAAACGUCCAAGAAGCAGAAGCCGCGCGCAGCGGCGGCCAAAGCCCCAGCAAAACCUGGAGCCGCCACCAAGACAGCUCCCAAGGUAACCAAUGGCAAAGCCGGGGGUGACCAAAGUAGCGAUAGCAGCAGCAGCAGCAGCAGCAGCGAGGACUCAGAGGAAGAGGAGGCAGCUGCCCCCAAGAAGGCUGCGGCCAUGAAAGCCGCUCCAGCCGCCAAGAAAGCCACGCCGGCCGCCAAGCAGGCCGCUCCAGCCAAGGCUCCGGGGAAGGCCCAGGAGAGCUCCAGCAGUGAGGACUCUUCCAGUGAGGAGGAAGAGGAGCAGCAGAGAAAGCCGGCAGCCAAGGGCAAGCCGGGUCCCUACAGCUCAGUGCCUCCACCCUCCUGCCCCCAGCUGAAGAAGACAGCCGCCCCACCUCCUAAAAAGAAGGCUGAGAGCAGUGAAGACAGCAGCGAGGAGGAGGAAGAGGAGAAAAAGAAGACCACAGCACCCAAAAAGACCCCCGCUAAAACUACACCUGCCAAGACCAGAGACUCCAGUUCUGAUAGUGACUCAGACUCAAGCUCAGAGGAGGAGGAGGAGAAGAAGAAGAAAAAGAAAACUCCAGGCAAACCCCCGGCCAAACCAGCUCCGGGGAAGACAGCAGCCAAAGUAGUGGCGACCCAGAAGGCAGCCAGCAGUUCCUCAAGCAGCUCUGACUCAGACAGCUCCGAGGACGAGGCUCCAGCCAAGCCAGCCCCAGCCACCAAGGCCAAGAAACCUCCUGCUCCAGCGAAAAAGUCUCCGGCCGCGGCUAAGAAAGAGCAGAGCAGCUCCAGCGAGGACAGCAGCUCCAGCAGUGAGGAGGAGGAGCAGAAAAAGAAGAAGCCCCCCGCAGUUCCCCCAAAGCCCAAGCCGGGGGCCAAGGCAGCCGUCCCAGGGUCCAAGCCCAAGGCCCCGGCCCCCAAGGGCAGCAGCUCUGACUCGGACAGCUCCAGCAGUGAGGAGGAAGAGGAGGAGAAGAAGCAGCCGAAGGGCAAAGUCGGGAAGCCCGCUGGGAAGGCAGCGGGGGCUGCGACCCCCAAAGCCACUCCUGGGAAGAAGGGUGAGAGCAGCUCCUCUUCUGAUGACUCCAGUGAGGAAGAAGAGGACAAGGGACCAAACAACAAAGGGACCCCAGGAGGACGCCCCAGCCAGAAGCCCAACGGUACCUCUACGCCAGCUCCUCGGAAUGGGAAGGCCCAGCCUGCUGGGGAUGAUGGCGAGAGCAGCGAGGAGAGCAGCUCCGAAGAGGAGGACCAGCAGGGCAGCAAAGGUCCCAGCAAGAAACGGAAGCUGAACGGAACUCAGGAAACAGAAACUCCCCAGGGCAAGAAGCUGAAGCCCGAGGCCCCCAACACGUUCCCCAAAACUAAGAAGGCAGAGAGAAGGGCGUCAUCCCCCUUCCGAAGAGUCCGGGAAGAGGAGAUCGAGGUCGAUGCCCGUGUGGCCAACAACUCCUUCGAUGCCAAGCGGGGCGCCGCGGGCGAUUGGGGUGAGCGAGCCAACGACGUCCUCAAGUUCACCAAAGGCAAAUCAUUCCGGCACGAGAAGACCAAGAAGAAGCGGGGCAGCUACCGGGGUGGUUCCAUCUCCGUUCAGGUCAACUCCAUCAAGUUUGAGAGCGACUGAGAGGGAACCUUGAGCCACCCACCCUGAACUGCCAUCCUGGCGCCAAGAGACUCAUGGGUGGUGGGCUGGCCAGGACCCUCCCCAAGGCUCUUCUGACUGGGGUGGGGGUGGGGGUCUGUUGGGAUUUGCCCAGGAGCCAGGGCUGCUCCCCUUGUCUCCCCCUUCCCAGACUCGGUGAGUCCCCCUUGGGACUGUCGUUAUUUGGGGUGGGUAGGAGAGUGGGGAAUGGUGGGGCCAGUCCCUGCCCCUUCCCCCCACCCCUUUGACCUGUGACAGCCUAGUACUGUAGCCACCCUCACCCAUGGACAUUGAGGUUGGGGGUGGGGAAGGAAUCGGGGAGAUGGGCGAACCCGUCCUUCUUGUUCGGCUGCCCGGCCUUCUUGUCCUGAGCAGGCAGGGUCCCAGGGAACCUGGAUGAGGGGCUGGAGAGCUGGCCACCAUGGUCGGGGGUCAAGCUCUCCUCCUUGGCCCCAGACCUGGGAGAUGCACGGGGCAGGGAAGGUUGGGGGUCUGUGGCACCCAAGUGGCAGGCGAGGGGCUCAAAGCGCCUCUUGUCCUCCUGCGUGUGUGUUUGUGUGCGCGCUCCAGGCUGCCUGCCCUUUGCGGUUGCAAUAAACUGUCGUUGGCUUUUUA